ACCCUCGCUUGCAUCUUCGUUUGCAUCUUCGUCCACCCGCCCCCUCAACAACCAGAUAUCAUCGCAAUGGCUCUCGGAAAGGGAAAGUCUGCUUCUGCCGAUAAGGCCAAGACCUCUGCCAAGUCUCGCUCGGCCCGCGCUGGUCUCCAGUUCCCCGUCGGCCGUGUUCACCGUCUUCUGCGCAAGGGCAACUACGCCCAGCGUGUCGGUGCCGGUGCCCCCGUCUACCUCGCUGCCGUCCUCGAGUACCUCGCUGCUGAAAUCCUCGAACUCGCUGGCAACGCCGCCCGCGACAACAAGAAGACCCGUAUCAUCCCCCGUCACCUGCAGCUCGCCAUCCGCAACGACGAGGAGCUGAACAAGCUGCUCGGCAACGUGACCAUCGCCCAGGGCGGUGUCCUCCCCAACAUCCACACCACCCUCCUGCCCAAGAAGUCCAAGACCGACAAGGUCCCUGGAUCCAAGGCCUCGCAGGAGGCUUAAGCACCACGCCUGUGUCAACCGUUUCAUGGUUUCUGAUCAUGAGCCCUCCCCCUCCGCUUGCUUUCCCUCACUCGACUCCCCCCCCUCACUGCAUUUCUGUGUGAGCCAUCGCCACUGAUUCUCGCAGACACAUCCUUCACUGCUCUGUCGACGCUCUCUUUUUUGACUUUCUCUGCGCAAGACCAAAACUUGUACAUAUUUAAUAUAUACAUCAAUCGAAACUC